CAGCAACAAUAACACUACAUUUGUUGUAAAUUAUGUGUUGGUGUUGUUUAUUAUUUUGGGUGUAUGUGAUGUAGAAUCUAAAACUGUUUUAGUUGUAGUUGAUUAAGUGCGUUUACCAAGUUAUCCAGAUAAAAUUCUUCGGAAAUGCGGUGAUUAUCACCGAACACCUUAACCGCUGAGCACAAAUGUUUAUUUUCAGCAUUAUAGUGGUAACCAUGGUAAGAUAUAGGUGUAUUUUUUCUUGGCUAAUUUUAGGUACUUGUUUCCAUUUUGUGUAUAGUGCUUCCAGAGCAGGAUGUACCUUUAACGUCUUAAACAAUGCGAACGAAAAAUAUUUGCCUGUAAUGUUAACUAACCACUCAUCAAAAUAUGAAUUAAUUGUUCCUGAACAUGGUCAAAUUCAUUUGAAAUCUGGCGAAGGUAUAACAUUUGUGUGCCCGGACAAGAAUUAUUUAGUUCUCACUAAUUCUAAUUUUACUUAUGCCACCUGUAUCCAAGGAACCAAUUUAAAGAUUUUUCGAAGUACAUAUAAUUUUGACAGUUUUCUAUGUAGUAAGUCUAUAAGAGGUUCAGUUCAAAAAACCAAAGAAAGAUGUGGGAACCGAAAUGGGGAGAUAAUAAACAUAGGGUAUAAAGUAACAAAGCGAUACUUUAAACCGUUAAUUUCAGUUUGCUAUGACGAGAAAAAUGGAAAAACCUUAUACAGCCAACAUGUUAUUCAUGGAGAAGAAGUCGCAUAUACUUCGAAGUUCAAAGAACGGCCAGGAUUUUCUACAGAUGGUCUAGCCAAAGACGUAUCAGCAAAUCUAGCAUACAAACGAGCUUACCAAAAAUCCACGUUUAGUAGUUUAUUAGGAAGCUCACGAGAGGCAGAACAAUAUAUUAACACUAAAUCAUAUUUAUCACGUGGACAUCUUUCUCCCGAUGCAGAUUUUCUUUUUGCAAGUUCUCAACUGACGAGUUAUUUUUAUAUAAAUACCUGUCCGCAAUGGCAAAGCAUUAAUGGAGGUAACUGGGUCAGGUUAGAGUCAGCUGUAAGGAGAGUAGCUGACAAAUACCAAAGUACCUUUUUAAUAGUAACUGGCACUCACGAUGUACUGGACCUUCCUGAUGUAAAUGACAAUCCAACCGAAAUGUAUCUAGUUUCAAGACGCAAACUACCAGUACCCAAAUUCGUCUGGAAAAUCAUGCUCGACGAAGAUUCUGGAAAAGGAAUUGCCUUUGUUAGUUUAAACAAACCCAUUUGUCGAAGAAAUCACAGAGGAUGAACAGUUGUGUUCAGAUAUUUGUGAAAAAUAUGGUUGGGGAUCAAAAUAUUAUAGUGAUUUCUCUAAAGGUUAUAUUUAUUGCUGUGAUGUUAAUGAAUUAAGAGAAACGAUUGAUACAAUUCCUACUUUAAAUGUUAAUGGUAUAUUACGUGCUUAGCUUUUUAAGAUAUGAAAUAAAUAUGUUUACAUAAAUAAAUAUGUUUUUACAUUUUCUUUUUAUAAAUCAAAUAAAUAAUUUCACCAC